CCUGACACCCGAAGGCAUCAAACCAGAUCCCAUCAAAGUCGAGGCCAUCGCCAGGUGGGAGAUACCGACGACGAUUAAGCAAAUGUGCUCUUCAGGUGCAACAUGUUAUUAUAGAAAGUUCUUAGCGAGGGAUGCCAAAAUCGCUGCGCCGCUCACCAAUGCGCUUCGCAUGGGCGUUCGUUAUUCUAAGUCUGAUAGUCACAGACCUACCUCCGGUGGUUACUAAAGAUAUGCGAGCUGCUUUUGAUUUGCUGAAAGCGAUGCUUUCCUCUAAGCAGACUCUCAAGUACCCUGAUUUCGCCAGGUCUUCUGCAUCGACACGGAUUUGGGUGAUGAAGCGCUCGGGGCCGUCUUGCAUCAGGGGGAUGUGGAUCACGAGGAGCCGGCCAGAACAUAAAUGUAACAUGGGCACGUCCGCAACUUGCGCCAGAUCGCUUUUGAAAAGAGAAAACUCACGAGUGCUGAACACAACCACUUUCAUGCAGAAGAAAGAAGCUUUGGCCAUUGCCAACGCUCUCCACAGAUUUCGGGGCCUUGGUAGAAGGUGGUCAGAUCGCCUGUGUCAGCGUGGCUCACUUUUGGGCAGGCAGUUCGGGACCUCCGUUCGGAACCUCCAGUGGACACAGUGCCGGAAGCAAAGGGAUCAGGUGCAAGUCACUUUCUGGACAGGCUAGUGAAUUCUUCGGGAACUAGAUACACUGAGGGAAUGUGUUAAUAUGCGUGUAACUGCUAUUUGUAUG